UGCUGUGCUUCAUUGAAUAGGCUUUUCCUCGUCUUAAGAAAUCCAAUGGCUAACGGUGUCAUUCUUUUACCCGUACAUUUCUCCAACAAGGCCACAAUUCAUGGGACGAUCGACGAUGUAGAAGUAGAUGACGGAUCUGUUAACAUGAACCAUUAAAGAAUGAUGGAUUUCAGAAGAUUCAUUGAAAUGUAUUCUGGUCAAAUUCUCGAUCUGGGCCCGUAUGUAUUAACUAAAAAUAGGGUUCUGGACUUCCGACGAAACAAAAGAAAAGAAAAAAGGCGGUGAGGACUUAUUUGACUGAUUUGACUCCAUUGUUGGAAGCAGAUCCUGUAUGUCUUCUGCUCAUGUCUCUGCAUGUAGCAAUUGUUUUAAUGGUCGCAUCCAGUGUUAGCUAAAGAUCUAAAAGAGAUGGCCAGCUGUGCUCUUCAAGGAGGUUGUCCGAGUGAUUACAUCGCUCUUGCUGUGUCCGCUAUCGCCAUGAUUGUGCUUCUUGCUCGUUCUACAUUACCCUUUGUGGUUCACAAGAUUCCUUGUACAAAAGGAAGUGGAUUCUGGCUUUUAAUUAUUCAAAUUUUUGCUAGCUUCGAUCUUUUAUUCUCAAUGGUGAUGGGCAUCAAUAUUUUGAAAAUCAAAAAGAGGCAUUGGUGGCAAUCUUGCUAUAUUUGGGCAGUCUGGUUCGAAGGUCCAUUUGGAUUUGCUUUACUGCUGAGCUGUCGCAUAGUACAGGCCUUCCAACUGUAUCACAUAUUUGCCAAGCGGCGUUUACCACCAAUCAGAUCAUAUAUCUUACUUCCUCUGAUUCUCUUGCCAUGGAUUGCUGGUGCUGCUUUUAUUCAUGUAAAGAAGCCUCUAAAUCCUCGAUGCCACUUGCGGGGUCAGUGGAUCAUCCCUGUUGUAUGCCUCCAUGCAUUGUAUAUUGUUGCCAUGGUUUUUAUGACAUGGUCUGUUCAGCAUAUCAAGUUUCGAUUUCAUGAAUUUAAAGACCUCCUGCAGGGAGUAAUUGUCUCUGCUGCCUCCAUUGGACUAUGGGUGGUUGCUUACAUUAUGAAUGAAAUCCAUGAAAAUACAGAAUGGCUUCAAGUUGCCUCCCGGUUUCUACUGUUAGUGACGGCAAGUAUUCUUGUCCUUGCGUUUUUUUCGUUAUCAAUCUCCCAACCUUUGCUCUCACAGAUGAGCUUGAGAAGAAGGGAACCCAGGGAGAUUGGGACAAUGAGUAUGGCUUUGGGCAUACCUGAUAGUGGGUUACUAUUACCAAGGGGACCCACACCAGAAAUAGAUCCUAAUGAACCUCUGGAUAAGCUUCUUCUGAACAAAAGAUUCCGUCAAUCUUUCAUGGCCUUUGCAGAUAGUUGUUUGGCUGGGGAAAGUGUACAUUUUUACGAAGAAGUGCACGAACUUGGUAAAAUACCCAUGGAUGAUACUGUAAGAAGGGUCUAUAUGGCACGGCACAUUAUUGAGAACUACAUAGUUGCUGGUGCAGCUAUGGAGGUAAACAUAUCUCACCGAACACGGCAAGAGAUCUUAGGUACUCCAGACCUGGCACACCCUGAUCUCUUUAAUAAUGCAAUAAGUGAGCUGAUGCAGCUGAUGAAAACAAACUUGGGGAAGGAUUACUGGUCAUCAACUUUCUUCAUGAAGUUCAAAGAGGAGUCACGAUCACAAACAGAUAGCAAUGAACUUAUGGAACGGGUAAUUGGGUGGGACAUCUCUCCGCGGCUGAGUUCUGUCCAUGGUGCUGAUGAUCCCUUUGGUCAAGAACCGCCCUCAAAGGGACACCGACGCCAGUGUGAUUCUCACAAUUCAGAUUCAUGGUGAACCUGAAGAUGGCUGGAUUAAACUAGAGCAUAUCAGUCAGUGGAAUGAAGUUGGGUUACGUUUGUAUCUUUUGUUGAAUUUUAGCAGUUCAAUGUUAAAACGAGAAGAAUGAAGGUAAAAAAAGGUAAGAAAGAGAUGAUGUAUAUGUUAUAAUUUAUACCACAAGGACGGACGCUACAUGUAAACAUGCGCUGUUUGAUUUAUCACGGCUGAUGAUGUAACACACAACAAAAAGUUUUGGCUGAUGUUAAUAUACUCUUUCUGCCCAUGUUAAUUGUUAAUACAGUUGUUAGAGGUGAGAAGUUCCAUAUUA